GAUGAAAACGCUCAGCAAUGUAAUUUUUGUGAUCAAAUAAUUUUAAGCGGAAAUGAAUUUAUAGAUAAUUUGCUUAUUAAACUAAAUAAGCAAAGCGUUUUUUUAGAAUUUAUUCCAUAUGAACAAUUUGGUAAUGUUACUUAUCUUGCUAAAGGAGGAUUUAGUGAAAUAUAUAAAGCGACAUAUUCGCAUGGCAUAAAAAAUUAUUGGGAUAAUCAGAAGAAAGUAUUUGUGAUUAAUAAUGAUAGUACAACAGUUGUACUUAAAAGUUUGAAUAAUUCUAAAAUUAUAAGUAAUGAUUUUUUGAAUGAGCUAAAAAAUUAUUUUCAAUGUUCAGAUGGUAAUAAUUAUGAUAUACUUAAAUAUUAUGGUAUCACACAGCAUUCCGAAACACAAAAUUAUAUGAUUGUGAUGGCCUUUGCAUCAAACGGUGACUUGCAUAAUUAUAUCUCAAAAAACUUUUUUAAAUUGACUUGGUAUCAAAAAUUAUCAAUACUACAAUAG